AUGAGUGCUGAUAACGCCAGUAGCAAUCGCGCCGUCUGGGUUCCAGAUCCAAUUGAAGUGUUUGUGCAGGGAGAACUGUCAGAAACAAAAGUUAUCAAGGAUGCCGCCAACAAGGAUCAGAAAAUCGGACUAGUCAAACUGAAAGGUACGCAUGAAACUAAGCAAUUCGCCAUCUCUCAGAUAUAUCCCACGAAUCCUUCCACAUUCGAUAAGGUUGAUGACAUGUCAGAGUUGACCCAUCUAAAUGAACCUUCAGUUCUCCAUAAUUUGGAAAACAGGUACAGAGAUGAUCUUAUAUACACGUACUCUGGACUUUUUCUAGUGGCCAUCAAUCCGUAUUGUGAUGUUAAGCUGUAUUCUCAAGAGUAUGUCAAGCUAUACCAUGGGUCUCCAAAAGAAGAUAAUAAACCUCACAUUUUUGCCAUUGCAGAAGAGGCUUAUCGGAAGCUUCUCACAGAUAAGCAAAAUCAGUCUAUUUUAGUCACAGGUGAAUCCGGUGCCGGCAAAACGGAAAAUACGAAAAAAAUUCUUCAAUAUUUGGCGUCAAUUACAUCAGAUGAUAAAGAUAUUAGCGACGAUAGUGAUGAUGAAAAGAGUUUCGAGUUGAAAAUCUUGCAAAGCAACCCUAUAUUGGAAUCGUUCGGUAAUUCACAAACUGUCAAGAAUAAUAAUUCUUCACGGUUUGGCAAAUUCAUUAAGAUUGAAUUCGAUGAAAGAGGCAAAAUAAAUGGUGCCCAUAUUGAGUGGUACCUUCUGGAAAAAUCAAGAGUAAUACAUCAAACAUCAUUCGAAAGGAAUUAUCACAUUUUUUAUCAGCUUCUAGUUGGGCUAUCAGAUCAGGAGUUGAGAAAAUUAGAGCUUAAUUCAAAAUCAAUUAAAGACUAUGGGUAUUUGAAAAAUUCAAAUCGCUCGAUUCCUGGUGUUGAUGAUUCAAAAAAUUUUCAAGAAUUAUUAUCAGCUUUCAAAACUGUUGGCUUUUCACAAGAUGAUAUAACUGAGAUUUUCAAAGUUAUUUCAAUUAUAUUACAUAUCGGUAAUAUUGAAUUUGUCUCUGAAAGAUCAGAACAAGCAUCAAUUAAGAGUGAUAUUUCAUUGCUUUGCAAACUUCUAGGUGUUCCAACACAGGACUUCAAAAUGGCGAUAUUGAAGCCAAAGUCAAAAGCUGGUAAAGAAUGGGUAUCACAAUCAAAAAAUUCUACACAAGCUCGAUUUAUAUUGAAUUCAUUGGCAAGAACAUUGUACGAAAAUUUGUUCACUCAUAUUGUUUCAAAGAUAAAUAAAAGUUUAGAUCAUGGUUCAAUGACAGCAAAUUAUAUUGGCUUAUUAGAUAUUGCAGGUUUUGAAAUUUUUGAACAUAACUCCUUUGAGCAAUUGUGCAUCAAUUAUACAAAUGAAAAAUUGCAACAGUUUUUCAAUCACUACAUGUUCGUGUUAGAACAAAAAGAAUAUUUAAAAGAGAAUAUUCAAUGGGAUUAUAUUGAUUACGGCAAAGAUCUCCAGUCAACAAUUGAUAUUAUUGAACAAAAGAGUCCAUUGACGGGGUUUUUGCCAUUACUAGAUGAAGAAUCGAUUUUACCAAAAUCCUCCGAUGAUUCCUUUUUCUCCAAAUUAAUAUCUACUUGGGAUUCCAAAUCAAGUAAAUUCAAAAGAUCAAAACAUUCUUCCUGUUUCAUAUUAACUCAUUACGCUGGCAAUGUCGAAUAUAAUGUUGAUGGUUGGUUAUCGAAAAAUAAAGACCCACUGAACGAAAAUUUAAGUUCAGUAUUAAAUUCAUCGAGUAAUCGGCUAAUUUAUUCGUUCUUUGCCGAAUCGGAAAAAAAACCCAAGGGCAGUUCUUUCCGAACUACCUCUUCACGCCAUAGGGAACAAUUGAAUUCAUUACUAGAUCAAUUAUCCUCCACAAAUCCUCAUUUUGCUCGUUGUAUAAUACCCAAUAAUAAUAAAAAGGCUAAGGAUUUCGAUAGAAGGUUAAUUCUUGAUCAAUUACGAUGUAAUGGUGUUCUAGAAGGGAUAAGAAUUGCUAGAGAGGGUUACCCAAACCGCGUUUUUUUCAAAGAAUUCUUCGAAAGAUAUAGAUUGCUAUCUGAUGAUAACGAAUCUUCGAAUAGUUCAAAAAAAAAUUGUGAAUUUUUAUUAUCGUCAUUACAUUUAGAUCCAAGUCUUUUCAAAGUCGGAAGCUCAAAACUCUUUUUUAAAGCAGGUGUUUUGGCUAACCUUGAAAAUAAGAAAGAACAAAAAUUAUCUGAAAUAAUGCUGCGGUUUACUUCAAUUGCAUAUGGUGUUCAGGUGAGAAGUAAAAUUAAUGAGAGGCUGCGAAAAUUACGUGCUGCAAGAUCCCUGGGUAAUACUUUCAAAGCUUAUAAUAAAGCAAUGGAAGAUCCAUGGUAUAAUUUAUACAUUAAAAUCAAGCCUUUAUUGUCAUCGUCACAAGAUAUUAUGAAAUCCAAAAAGUUUGCGGAGAAAGUCAAAUCGUUAGAGGCUAAAAUUGUCGAAAUAAAUUCCCAAAAUGAUGUAGUUACAAAGGAAAAAGAUAUUAUGGCAAAAGACCUCGAAGAUGUUCGCUCUCUGUUAGCAACUGAAACUGAAAAACUUAAAAAUCAUUUACAAACUUUAAAUGAGGUUAAUAAGAAGCAUUCUCAAUUAGAGAAUAAACUGAACGAGACCACAGAAUUGAAGAAAAAGAUUCAACAGGAGAAUGACAAAAUGGUAAAAGAACAUGAGAGCGCUUUAGCGGAUAUAUUAAAGUACAAAAACAUAUCAAAUGAAGAGGACAAAAAGUUGCAACAACUAGAAGAAACUAACCAACAAUUAACUGAACAACUAAAUAGUGAGAGUAAAUCGAUAUCGGCGAAAGAAGACUUAAUUAAACAGCUGUCGCAUGAAAAAAAUAAAUUGACUGAAGCUAUGGAGGAGGUUAAAAAGCAAGAACACGCAAAACAUUUGGAAAUUGUGGCACUUAAAGGAAAACUAAACUCCUCGGAGGAAGAUUUACAACUAAAGUUGGAAUCAAUUGAAAAAAAUUGUAAUUCGGCUAUGAAUCGUUUACAGAACUUAAUUCAGGAAAAUAGUGAUUUGCGUAAUGAGAUUAGUUCUGCGGAACAAAAAAAGGCGAAUAUCAAUGCAGAAUUGGAGGCUAGGGAACGUGAACUUCAAAGAAUGAAGGAAAGGACAGAACUCCAUCAAUCGGAACUUGCUUCAAUCUCUAAUCAGCGUGAUGACACCUUGGCGGCACACUCUCAAAUUGUCAAGGAAUUGAAAGAAACAAGAGCAACAGUGAUACAAUAUAAAAAAGAUAUACAGUCGCUCGAAAGAACAAACGAAAAAUUGACGCUCGAGCUAUCUAAAAAGAAUGAGAUUACCAAUAAAAGUGAAAGUGAUGACUCCAAAAUUACGGAACUGGAGACACGGCUUGCAGAAGAAAUGGCUUUGAACGCUUAUCUCAAUAAGCAAAUUUCUGUUCAGAGUGAGAAAAAAAGGUUUACCAAAGAGCUUGAUAUCACAAUGGGGUCAUCCAAUGACUCUAAAGAAGACAUUGUUAAAUCGUAUCAAAAUUUGAAAGUGAAACUACACGAUACCAAAAGACAGCUCGAGAGUGAAAUAGAGGAUAAGAAGGAUUUGAUAUCUAGAUUAAGAUUUACAGAAGCACGUUUGGCUUCAUCUUCAUUUGAUUCUCAAAUUGCACACAGUCAAGUGAAGAAGCUCAAAGAAAUCAUAAACGCAUCCAAUUUGACUAUUGAUUUAGACAAAGAAUUCGCACUCUUGAAACCGUCAGAAGUAAACAUUGAGAAACUCGUCUUAGAAGUGGAUCACCUGAAGAGACAAUUAGAGCUAGAAACACGGGCUAGAUGUGAUGCUGAACAUCUCGUAUCGGCAUUACACGGUAAAUUUAGUCAAAUUCAAAGAUCAGAAUCGUCUUCCGAUAUUUUCAGAUUAAAAUAUGAAGCAAGUGAAGAACGGGCAAAAUCUUUAGAGACCAAGCUACGUUCUGCGCCAUUAAAGGAUAAAACAAAUCUUGCAGGAGACAUAUUCACCAAUCGAGAAAGUAUUUCCAAAUAUGCUGACGAGAUUCGUUUCCAUAAACUAGAAAACUACAAGCUCCAAGAAGUUCUGGCUGACAGUAAUAAGAAGAUUGCAGGGUUGAAUCAUGAGAUCAAGCAAUCUAGUACAAAAGCAGCUUUACUUACAGAACAACUUGAAGGAUUACAGAAAGAUUUGGAAGCCACAGAACGACAAAAUGAACUUAUGAGCGCAACCAUUAAUCAACAGAAACAACAAUACGAAGCUUGUCUCAAAGAUUUGCAUCUUAAUGAAUUUCAAUCGAAAGAGUUUUCGAACACAUUGCGACAAGCAGAGGAAGAUGUUAAGAGUAUGGCAGGUAUUAUUGAAAAGCUGAAAACUCAGAACAAACAGAAGGACAAGAUCAUUUGGGAAAACGAAACAAAAAAAAAUGAUAUUGAUAUGCAAUUACAAGAGACCAUUCUCGAAGUUAAAAGGGCUCAAGAAAUGAACAAAAUACUAAAUGCUGAUUUGGGUCAUUUGAAAGAGAGAUUAGCCAAUCAGAAAGAUAACAGCAAAUUUGUGAACGAGAUUGAAUCUUUAAAAGCGGAUGUUAAUUCCUACAUUAAAUCGGAAAGUGAUCUCAGAAAAGAAAUCUCCACUUUGAAGUAUAACUUAGAGACAAGCUCGAACGACUAUGAAGCUAGGGUUUCAGAACUCUUGAAGCAAAUUACACACUACGAAAACAUUGUACAGACUCUGAGUAGUGAGAGGGAUAUGGCUGACGCCGGAGAGAAAGAAUUGAUGAAGAAGCUAGAAGCUCUCAAUCUUAGAGCCUCAAAUCUUUCGGGUACUGUGGACUCCCUGCUACGUGAGAAAUCGCAAUUGCAGACUGAUCUGGAUCUUUUAAAUGAAGCGUUUCAAAGCACUGCAAAGAAAUUAGAACAGUCAUUACAAGAAAGGCACGAUAUGACCAAUAAUGUCAAAUAUUUGGAAGAGACUGUAAAACUUCAAAAAGAGCAAAACGAACGAAAUGAGGAAUUCGUCAAACAACUGCAUUCGGAAGUCGACACCGUGAAGUUCAAACUUAAAGAAGAAAAGGAAAAGAACAUUAACCUUUUCGAAGAAAAUCAAUCGCAAAAAGUGCAUAAACAACAGCAGGCUAAGCAAAUAAACAAUCUAGAAUUACAGCUGGCUGAUACAACUGAAAAAGAUGCUUGGCUCGAGAAAAUACAUGAACUGGAAAAAUUGGUAGCUGAAGAAUCCUCAUUCAAAUAUGAAGAAAUGAAGAAGACAAAAAAUCUUGAGAGAAUGGUUUCAGAGCUCCAACAGAAAAACGAAAGUCAAGUUGAAUUAAUAAACUCCGCUAAUUCUGGCCAGCAAAACUACAACGAGAUCAUUUUGAAGUGCAAUGAACAGAUUGGACUCAUGGAAAAACAGAUCACAAAACAGGAGCUAGACUUGAAAAAAUGCGUUCGCGAUAAUGCGUUUUUCCAAAACAGAAAUGAGGAUUUGGAAAAAGAGCUUGCGUUUUGGAAAGAGCGAUAUAAUGCUCUGACAUCCACUAGGGGUGGUGCCAGAAAUCCACAAACCGAAGAAGUCUAUAUUUGA